CACCUCAGCUAGCUGCUUUUUAAUAUCAUCACAUUGCGGGAGAUUUGUCUCAUUACGGAUGUCAGUGAAAACUAGUUGUGAGUAUGGUUCUGGGAAGUACUAUGCCCUUUGCGGUCUGGGCGGAGUACUUAGUUGUGGUAUUACGCACACUGGGGUAGUUCCUUUGGAUUUGGUGAAAUGCCGCAUACAAGUUGACCGAGCUAAAUAUAAGAACAUUACAAACGGGUUCAAAGUUUCAAUAGCGGAAGAAGGCAUAAGAGGUCUCGGAAAAGGCUGGGCACCGACGUUUAUUGGAUAUUCUCUCCAAGGACUCGGAAAGUUUGGAUUUUACGAAGUGUUCAAGCAUAUUUACAACGGCUUUCUCUCAGAGGAAAAUGCAUAUUUGUGGAGGACAUCCGUAUACCUAGCGGCAAGUGCCAGUGCAGAGUUCUUCGCUGACAUUAUGCUUUGCCCCAUGGAAGCUGUAAAAGUACGAAUUCAAACAAUGCCUGGUUGGGCGAACACCCUGCGAGAAGGUGUACCAAAAAUGUACAAAAACGAAGGUCUUGUUGGAUUCUACAAAGGUCUCCCUCCCCUCUGGGGUCGUCAAAUCCCCUAUACAAUGAUGAAGUUCGCUUGUUUUGAGCGCACAGUGGAAGCAUUGUAUAAACAUGUUGUACCUAAACCACGUGAACAGUGUACGAAAGGUGAACAGUUGGUUGUAACAUUCGCUGCGGGUUACAUCGCUGGUGUAUUUUGCGCUAUCGUAUCUCAUCCCCCUGACACUAUUGUAUCGAAGCUGAACAAAGAUCCCAAUGCACGCCUGGUGGAAGUUGCUAAAAACUUGGGUCUUCUUGGUAAGUCAUAUUAUCUUUUACAGGUGUAGUGAGUACUUUUCCAUAAAGGCUUUCAAACUUCAUUACACUCUGGUCUUAUGUUUGGAAUUAUUAUUAAACUAUUUCACUUCAUGUAGUCAUACAUGAAAAAAAUAGCACCAAGUGAAUAAAUAUAGAAUAAUACCGUUCGAUAGUAUGGCUCUUGGGAAAAAAACUAGUUAGUUUAGUAUUAGACAAAGUGUUUGGAGGCAGUUCGAUAUAAGUAAUUGCUACCCAUGAGUCAAUUAACUUUCAGAUUCACCGAUUUACCUCUUACUCUAAAUUGUUUUUGUGAUCAUGUCAUACUGAGCAAGUCCUGUAAGAACAGCCAUGAUGAUUGACAUGUGUUUAGCUUCAGGCAGUCUUUGCUAAAUUGGGACAAAGCCGGUUCUGUGCUGAUGCGCCAAAGCCACUCAGGGUAUCUUCGAAAACGUCAAGGAUGACUAGGUUGCUUGCUAGAACUAUGUAUCCAACCUGUCUGCCAUGGUUAAUGGGACUUCACAAGUAAAGGAAAUACUAACCGCUAUUACCAUUCCACUCCCCCAAAACUGUAAGUUAGUUUAAGCAGGUUAUCCAACAUUGUCUUGUGUUCUUGAGGGUAGGACAUGUGCUGAGCUUACAGAUAUUCGAUUUUUGGUUGACAGCAUUUCUCAGGUGAGUAAAUUGAAGUAGAUCAUUUCCUGAGAGAAGGGAACCACCUCCAGUAUACACAAUGUCUGUCUGUCUGGAUUCAACAUAGAACUUGGCACCGAAGUGCAGCAGUUCGAGUUGCCACGUUCCAAAUAGCACACAGAGGUAGACAAGAAGAUGAGUGGAGAGAAUUAAUAGAGUUUGACAAAUAUAGGAGUGAAACAGAAUGGGUAAUGGUAGAAAGGAAUAUGAAAGAUUACAGAGAUUGAAUACAUCUGCGCCAUUGACAACAAUUUUGAGCCAUGUCACCUAUUGUCUCCAGCCAUUGAUUCCUAGAGUCCCGAGGGCCCCAACCCGGGAGUCUGCAUCUCCCUACCUGACUCAGUUUAACUGUCAAGGAUUUCAUGGAUUGAUGCCAUGUUUUUGUUUGGCCACCACUGGCUCUUUUCCAACCUGAACCUAUAUCAGCUAACAAUGCCCGUCGGGGGAGGCGGUGGUUAGGCAUGCGCACCACGUGACCUAGCCAUCUUAGUCUAUGUAACUUUAUAACCUCGUCGAUUGAUUUUCCCUCUUUGCCCAACACUCUACGCCUAACGUCAACAUUACUUAUCUUGUGUGUCGUUUUACAAAUGAAUUUACGAUGUUAAAAUGAUCGUUCUCAUUUCAAAUGACAUUUUCCUAUAAACACUUUCACUGCUGUUUGGGAUUAGAUGAAGUCCCUUCAUUAACAUGACAUUAUUCGGCGACACUCGUCACAGUAGGAUAUUGCUACACCGACUCGAACAAUGUAGCUGAAGACCUGCAAACUAGCAGGUGUAGGAUACUGAUGUGAUAUGUCUUAGGACCUUGUAAAAGAUAUGUCAUCAAUGUAGUUUAUCAAACUCCCUAUUUUACUCGGCCUUUUCCGCAGGCUCUCUAAUGACCACGGACUUUAACCAAAUUGAAUAUUUGUCUCCUUUUAGGUAGUCUGUACCAUUCCUCUAAGACCAUUUCUGUACAAUCCAGUAAUUAACUACCUAACUCAAAUACCUAUGUUAUCGGCCUCAGUUACUUUGCUUCAUUUGAAAUUUUUGUAACUUUUACAGCUCCGCUCGAGAUUGUACUUAUCAUAUCCAUGUUAUUAAAUAAUGGGCAAAUGUAAGCCAGUCGAUCCGCCCCCCCCCGAAGUGUUUCGCAGAAAUCUUCGUGUCCCAUUGGACAUCAUUCCAUCUAUUUGGGCGCAUUGGUCUGGAUUGUACACGUGCCCUAGUAAUUCCGAUUGAGAUCCACAGCAUUAAAUAACGAUAUCCACCACUUAGCAACUAAUUUACUGUGGCUUGAAUAGUUUAUUGUUAAAGUCUCUUCCUAUGUUGAUUUCAAGCUAGAACUAAAGGAAUAUACGAUUGCAAAGAAAUUACUAGUACCAACAAGCCUGGAAAGCUGAGGACUUCCUAUUGCUCGGCUCUUCUUAAUAGAUAUUGCAUUACAUCUUCGUUAUUUAUCUUAAUGGCUACGUUGUAAACCAAGUUUGCAGACUUCGGAAAUAAACACGCAUAUAGCUUACCGUCCGGUAAUAAUCAAGUCUUCGUCAAUGACAUUUUCAAUCCACUUUUCACUAACGGCUUGGCCACUUGAUGACUGGUGUCUGUUUGUGAUUAACCAUAGACCACUUACUUCCGUAUUAUAAAUUUCGUAACAAACUACCAGUCCACUCCUUUCCGAUAUCGCGCACACCUUAAAGUGUAACUAGCUGUCUAGUUGCACCGAGUCAUAGUGCGCAAAAUAAAACGUCCUCCUAGAGCAGUUCUUGCCCCAUGGAGACUUGCCAGUACUUUUGUUUACCCACUGGCACACAAUAUUCUGUCACGUCAACGACUAGUCCACUCUUUUCCGAUAUCGCGCACACCUUAAAGUGUAACUAGCUGUCUAGUUGCACCGAGUCAUAGUGCGCAAAAUAAAACGUCCUCCUAGAGCAGUUCUUGCCCCAUGGAGACUUGCCAGUGCUUUUGUUUACCCACUGGCACACAAUAUUCUGUCACGUCAACGACUAGUCCACUCUUUUCCGAUAUCGCGCACACCUUAAAGUGUAACUAGCUGUCUAGUUGCACCGAGUCAUAGUGCGCAAAAUAAAACGUCCUCCUAGAGCAGUUCUUGCCCCAUGGAGACUUGCCAGUGCUUUUGUUUACCCACUGGCACACAAGACCACAACAGCCGAUCAAUCGAUUGUCACUCCAUGUCAUGCUCAAUCAGUUCAGUAAUUACACUAUCCACUUACUCUAAACUCGUUCACUGUUGCACUUUGGUUCGUGUCUUAUUUUGCACUCUGCAUAUGAAUGACAGAUAAACGUAAACUUUUCUUGUUAUUUCCGUUUUUCUCAGGCAUGUGGAGCGGACUUGGACCUCGAAUUAUCAUGAUCGGAACUCUAACAGCCUUACAAUGGUUCAUCUACGACGGGUUCAAAGUAGCUAUGCAGUUACCACGCCCUCCUCCACCAUCUAUGCCAGAGUCUUUGAAGAAAAAACUGGAAAGUCAGAUGCAUUAAACUAGUCCUUUGCGCAUGUAAACAACACUUCAUUUUCUAGGACAUCUCAGAAAAGUUCUUGUUAUCAUAGUUAUAUUCAUAUCAAUGACCUAGCUAAAUAGAUUUAAAAACUGGACCACAAUAUUUGAAUACACAUUCUGUUUUGAAGAAAAUUUUGUUUUCUAUGUACAUUUAAACGAAAGACUGCUGGAUUUGCGUGCCAGUUCUGAUGCGUCUUCUUAUUUUUGGGGCAGGCGG